AUGCAGAGCACGCUCUUAAAAAACGUGCAGGGGCACCUGUGCAGAGGCCGAAAUGGCAGUAGGAAAUGCUCCCAACAGUUGGUGCACUUGAACCCAACAGAGGGGGCACCCCUGGGUGCCAGGGGGGUUAGUUCUGUUGGGGGCUACGCCCGCAAGUACACAAAGGAGUGUGUUGACCACCAUGUUUCCCCCUAUGUGUGGCACUUCACCCUUGACUCCUCAUUUUCACGCCGAGCAAUAAUUUCCUCCGGCAUCUUGAGCGGCAAUUCCCACGCCUUUCGAACGUAUGGCGAAUGCCACGACAUUCUUCCAGUAGAGACACAAAAAUUGAAGCACAGCAUGUUGCCAAAACAUAUGAACUUCGCCACGAACACGAAGAGCAAAAAGACCGGAAAAGAUGCGGACGGAAAAAAGGACAGUACAAAGCAGUACGAAGGAUCUUCCCAAAGUAUGACGAAUGAUCCAUUUAGUGAAGGAAUAAAUGAGUCAAGCGGAUUGAAAGGAUAUCCUUAUGAAGGAAUGGAAAAUAUAGGAGAAAAAAAAAAAAAAUCCAAAUUGAAGGUAUUAGUGUACCUGUUCAUCAUCUCCUUCGGAGGAUACGUCAGCUACAAGGUGUACCAAAAUGACAUGAACUUAUCGAAAGCGGAGGAAAGCAUAGUAAAGGAUUUCGUCCACCUAAUAUACACUUAUGAAGAAAAAAUGAGCAAACAAAAUUCCAAGUUCAUGACCUGCUUGAGUGAAAAAUUAAAUAAACAAAUUGCAAUGUACUUCCUUCAGUUGGAUGCAGACAAGAGCUCAGGGUUCCUCAUCAGUGAUGCGCUCUCCUUUUUAUCUGACCUGAAUAUAAAAGAAGAUAACGCCAUUGUAAAAAGUUUUAUAAAAAAUGGCGUCGGAAAGAACAUGGAAAUGAAGAAGUUGUCUGGGUGUUCUCUACAACAGUUCGCGGAACUCCUAGAAAGCCUCAUCCUCGUUAGCAAAACGAAACAAGAAAAUGGAUUGGCACAAGGGGGGGAAAUCCAAACUGAUAGCAACCAAGAUAACAAUUACCUGAAUGUGCUACAAAAUUAUUUAAACUGCCUCGUUACCAUUGUCAAAACGUCCAACUUAUAUUUGUAUAUCCAAAUGAAGAAGAACGCGGCAUCGUCCUCUGCCUCCUCUUCCGAAGGAGGCCAGGAAGGAGAACAGAUAGAUGACUUAGAAAUGGCCAUCCUUAAUAAGCUCACCAAGUACAAUGAUAAAUACGUACAAAAACAAAAUUUGACUUUGGAAUACUUGUUAAGCAAAGAGGAGUUAUCUAAUUUUAAAAAAAAUGCCAACCUGUCCAGGAGGGAAGAAGAGAAGGAGUUACUCCUGAUCGAGAAAAAAAAAUUGGAAGAGAAAAUCCAACUUAUGUUGAAACUGCAAGAGAAAAAGAACCUAACAGAAACGGAAAUUAAGCGUCUACAAGAUUUGAAGAUAAAACUGAGAAACGUCAAAUAUACGAUAAAGAAGGAAGAGCUGAUGAAGUACUUCCAGUGA